CCCCCACUUCGCGUACCAUAUACUAUAUACCGUCAAAUUUCGUUAACGUGAACAGUUUCGUCGUCAAAUCGUUGCUUUUUACCAUAAUCGUUGACCAAACAUUGGGCUUUAAUGAGAAUUAUAGCUGUAUGAGGCGUCAUCUAUGCUAAAUUAGUAGCUUAUAAAGACCCUUACAUUUUGACACAAUGUAUCGAGCUCCAAAAUGCCCGAAUUGCCGUCGAAAUUAUGCCGGACCCCAUGUGCAAGGUGGGAGCUUUCAGCCCCUGAUUCUGAAGUGUGGACAUACAUUUUGUCAGGCUUGCCUUGCCAGGAUCUACAAAUACCUGAAGCAUGAAUUGGUCUGUCCACAGUGUAAGGUAUCCACUCCUUUACCAGCGGGCGAGGUCAGCUUCAAGGAACUACCACCUGAUUUCUAUGCUUUGGGUCAAGCAGCUUGGACGUACAACAACAAAACGCCAGAUUUCUUUGCACACAAGGUUGAGUUUCAGACCAGACAAGAGAAAACAAAGUUUAAGGGAAAGGCACUCAAAGGAGGCCGAGCCCUUUGUGAAGAAUGCAGCCAGGAAUCUGCUUCCUGUCGGUGUGAGCAGUGUGACGAGGAGCUCUGUGAUAAAUGCUGGAGCAAGCUACACAAAAACAACUCCAAGAGCAAGAACCCUCAUCACAGGAUCCAAAUACAGAUAGGGGUGUACGGAUGUGAAGAGCAUGACAAUAUGCCAAGAGAGUUCUACUGUAAAGAUGACGACAAGCCGAUCUGUGCAUACUGUGGCCUGACGGGAGAGCAUAAAGGACAUCAAAUCAUAUCAAUAGGAGACCAGAAUGCCAACGUUCAAGACCUUUUGAAGCCUGCAUUUGAUAUAGCAAAAGAUGUCCUCAAGAAAUUGUAUUACUCUAAUGUGUCCAUUGACAAGGCAAUUACCAAAGUGAAGAGAGAAUCCAGCCCUGCGUCCGAGGAAAUAAGAUCAAGGUUCUUAAACCUCCAUGCCCUGCUCCAAAGAAGAGAAACCAUGCUUCUUCAAGAACUGAGUGACAGUGAGGCUGAUAGACUUCACCAUCUUGGUCAGAUGGAACGAAGUCUGAAAAACAACAUCAGCAGACUGGAAACAGUCAUGUCAGAUGUAGCCAAUUCACUGCAAGAUUCAUCGGAUACAUCCCCAAACCUGACAGAGAUGAUCAGUAUCCUCAACUCGGCCGCGGAGCUGCCUUGUCAUGUGAUUCAAGAUGGCGGUCAGGAUGAACCGAUUGGAUUCAAGUCCGGUAAUGAGAUUGUUCAGCACGUCAUGGCACAUGGUUCGAUUGAUACUACAGGCAGAACAAGCUGGGAUCUGAAGACAAAAGAUGAGCUACCUGCUGAUUAUGUGCAACCAAAGAUUGCAGAUGCAAUCCUUAACAACUCAAAGCUUUUCUCCAUCUCCUCCGCUGGAAAAAGUGAAUUAAAAACUACCAGUGCCAAGGGUAAGGGAGAACAGAAGAAAGCACCCAAAACCAAGAACCAUAUAGCAUCUCAGAAUGGGACCACAUCUCCAUCACAACUUCAGACCAGUACAACAACAACAGCAACCAGGAGGACACCAUCACAAGCUGCAUCCAAGAUCAUGGCUUCUUGUUCAGCAGCUGCUCAAAACCUAGUUUAUGUGGUCCACAUCCGAUCGCCAGCUCGCUUCUACAUCCAGCGGAAAUCAGACCGCCCACGCUUGGCGAGGAUGAUGAAGACACUGUACAAGGUGUGCGAGAGUGAGGACAAGAAGAAGAGGAUCCCAGACCCACUUGUAGUUGGUCUUCGUUGCUGCUGUAAGUUUUCUGUGGACAAGCAAUGGUACCGUGCAAUCAUCAAGACCCUCCCCGACUAUCUACAGGGUGGGGGACAGAGCACCCUUGACCUGGAUGAUAAAGGUGACGAGGAGAAAGAGCCCAAGGUCGAGGUCACCUACAUCGAUUAUGGCAAUACGGAAUGGGUGCCUGUUUCCAGCUUAUGUAAGAUCCGUGCCAAGUAUGAGCGGGAACCAGACAUGGCUUUAUGUUGUUCAUUGGUUGACAUUGUUUCAACACAGAAGGAUGGUAGGUGGCCAAGAGAAGCAUCUGAAGCCUUUCAAGCGAUGGUGGAGGGCCAAGAAGCUGUACUCAUGAGUCAAAGAGGCCAGGUUGGUAAUGUGCUAUAUGUAGAUCUCCAUCAACAACCUAACAAUGAUAUCAAAGAUGAUAUGCCCAUCUCACUCAGGGAUGCUCUGGUCUUCCUGGAACUCGCUUGCUUCAUCUCGCCAGAAUCUGUGCCAAAAUCUCAUCUCAUAGUUCCUCCCAAGAAGUACUUGCCACCUACAAUACCCAGCAGUGGGGAUGAUCUGAUUGUACAAGUCAGUCAUAUCACAGAUCCACAAUGCUUCUCAGUGCAAGAGAUGGAGAUUGUGCCAUACCUCGAUGAGAUGAUGGAAAACAUCCAAGAGGCUUACACCAAGAGGAUUGGUCAUGAGUGGCAGGUUCUAUGCCCUCAUCCUGGUCUGGUCUGCAUGGCAUUCUUCCAAGAAGACAAGAGAUGGUACAGGGGAGAAGUCCUCAGAGCAGCCGGUAAACAGCAAGUGGAGGUCCUGUAUGUUGACUAUGGUAACACUGCUAUCAUACACUAUACACACCUGAAGAAGAUGACUGAUGACUUCCUCAAGUUAUAUCGACUGUCCUUACCAUGUGGUUUGGUGGAUGUUGCACCUAAAGAUGAAGAUAAAGGCUGGACAGAUGAGGCUAAGUUAGUCUUCUCUCAGUGUGUGAGCUUCAAGCCAUUAGAUGUUUCUGUUAUGGAUUUGAAGGAAGGAGUGAUCCACGUGAUAGCGUACGAUGAGGUCGAAGAACAACGGGUCAGUGUAAACGCACUCCUUGUCAAGAAAGGUCUUGCAGAAACAACAGGUCCUGGCUCUGUCAGCGCAGAGAUCCUCAGGGGACCUUCUCCCAAGCCGACGCCAGUCUUGCCCAGCACCACUGAUACCACCAUGCCAUCAGAAAACACCCAUAAUGUUGAUUCCAGUGGGGACAAGGUCACUGCUGAAUUGGUACCUGCUGAAACCGAUGAAACACCUCAAAAGGCACCAGAGCCCAAACAGGAGUUGCCGUCACCAGAGACGAAACAGGAGGUGAAGUCACCAGAGACGGUUAAGGUGCCGGAGAAGAAGCCAGCCAGAUCUGCAGCCUCUGCAGGGAGGUCGUCCAGAGGCUCUUCUUUGACUGUAGGAUGCAGUGGAGCUCCAGGUCACUCAUCACAGCUCUCUGGGAAAUACAGUGCCUACACUGCUGUUCAUGUAAGCCAUGCUGAAGCACCCUCCUGCAUUUAUGUUCAGCUCUCCACAGCUGGCAAAGAUGGACUAGACAGUUUACUGGAGGCAAUGACACUGUUCUACAAGGAGCAAACGAAAUGUGAGAAGACCAAAUGGAAGGAAGGGGAGAUCUGUGGUGCUCUGUUGGUCAGGGAAGGUGUCUGGUGCCGAGGUCAGAUACAGUGUAUUCUACCUGAUGAGAAUGCUGUGGUCCUUUUCACCGACUACGGUAACGAGGAAGUGGUUUCCAUCGCCAACAUCCGUCCUCUUGAAGAGCGCUUCCAGAAGGAAGCUCCCUUUGCCAUCCGAUGUCACCUUGUGGACAUCCUACCUGCCGGAGGCACUCCGGAAUGGACCAAGACAUCUUGUGACUUCUUGGAAGAAAGGCUGAAUGAUCUUGAGUGUUACAUCUAUAAAAAGGGUGAUGCGGAGGAUGGCUCCCUUCCAAUAGAUCUCCUCUAUGAGCUGACAACCAAGGAGAAGGUUGCAAGAGAAUCCGCUGAAGACCUGGCUAGCAUUGCAGAGCUUCUGGUGGAGAAAGGUCUAGCUUUGAGAAAGAGGCGAAAGAUAUCAAGUCCAACCCAUAGAAAGAAAGUCACAACGCCACAAGAUCCUGCCAAAACACCCCCAUCUCAACGACCAGCCACCGCAGUGACCACCACCACCACUGUGAGUCCCAAGACGGUAUCCACCCCUGCCACGCCCCAAAGCAGUGGCGUCAGCUCCCUCAAUACCACCGCCUCUCCCACCUCCGUGGAAGCACCCACCACGCCCGAUGAAGGGUGCCCGGCAAUGCUCCUGGACGACUUUGAGAACUUUGAAGGUAGCGGAAUCCAGGAGGUGCUCCCCCAGUAUCCAGCUCCGCCCUUGCCGAUGCUCUCACAGAUCCAUCUCAUCGUCACCUAUGUCAGUGACAAGGGAGUCAUCCAUGGAUUGGAUGUGGAUAAAUUUGAAGACUUUCAGCAGAUGAUGGCUGCCCAGCAAGUUGCCUGUAACAGUCAGAAGCUCACCCCACCAGACCCCAGCUCUCUCUCCCUAUGCCAAUGUGUAUGUGCAAGAUUCACCCAAGAUGAACAGUGGUACAGGGCACAGAUCAUCGGUAUCACAGAGGAUACUGUGCGGGUGAGAUAUGUUGACUUUGGAAAUUGGGAAUCACUGCCAUUUGACCGCAUCAACCCAACACCUUUCCAGCUGGAUGUUCCCCAGUACAGUAGAGAAUGUGUACUCUAUGGAAUACAACCGGUAAGUUUACAUUCAUGA